UAAAAACAAGUUAGCACCAACCACAGCCUAACUAGCUAAUUAAAAAGACUCCCCUAUUUUGGUUGUGAAUGUGAUCGAAUCCCACCCCUCUCCUCUGCCUCUUGCCUUGUUUAAUUUUGUGGCAGAAGAUGGGAGAGAUGUCUGGGUUCCAGCUGGGCGUGAUGGGCGCACUAUUUCUCUCAGUCGCAUCAUCGGUGUCCAUUGUUAUCUGCAACAAAGCCUUGAUGAGUAAUCUUGGAUUCCAGUUUGCCACAACGCUGACUAGUUGGCACCUGAUGGUGACAUACUGCAGCCUUCACGCUGCGCUGCGCUUGAAUUUGUUCGAGAAGAAGGCCAUCGAUAUGAAGACAGUGGUGAUGUUCGGCAUGCUCAACGGCAUCUCCAUCGGACUUCUCAACCUCAGCUUGGGAUUCAACUCCAUUGGUUUCUACCAGAUGACCAAACUCGCCAUCAUUCCUUUCACAGUCCUCUUGGAAACCAUCUUCUUCAACAAGCAAUUCAGCAACAACAUCAAACUGUCUCUCUCCAUUCUGCUCAUGGGAGUCGGCAUUGCAUCGGUCACCGAUCUCCAGCUCAACUUGGUCGGCACCAUUCUCUCCCUCCUCGCCAUCGUCACAACUUGCAUCGGCCAAAUUCUGACAAACACAAUCCAGAAGAGGCUGAACGUGUCUUCGACGCAGCUGCUGUACCAAUCGGCCCCAUUCCAGUCGGCCAUUCUGUUCUUGACGGGGCCUUUCGUGGACCAAUUCCUCACCAAACAAAACGUGUACGCCUACAAAUAUUCGCCUCUGGUGUUGGGAUUCAUAGUGGUGUCGUGCUUGAUCGCGGUGUUGGUGAACUUCAGCACGUUCUUGGUGAUCGGGAAGACGUCGCCGGUGACGUAUCAAGUUCUAGGGCACCUGAAGACGUGCCUUGUUCUUGCAUUCGGCUACACUCUCUUACACGAUCCUUUUACAUGGAGGAACAUCCUCGGAAUACUCGUCGCCGUCGUCGGCAUGGGAAUGUAUUCUUACUUCUGCACCAACGAAGCCAAGAGGAAACAGCCACACCCCUCGCCACCGCCGCCGGUAACUCCAUCAUUGCUUCUGCUACCUUUUUUUCAUAUAUAUAUAUGCAUUAAUUCCUCACUCUCUCUUUUUCUCUCAGGUCAAAGACAAGGAUGCUAACACCCCACUUCUUGCAAGCCCUCAACCCAAAGAAUCCAAGGAUUCUGCUGUGUGAUUCGUUACUCAAUAAUAUUUUUGGAUUGGGAUAUUGUUUUCAUUCUUUCAUGUUAAAUGCAUCUCUUGUAAGAACAAAUUCAUUUUUAGCAGACCAGAUUAUGAGAGGAAUUCAAGUGACAA